CAUCGACUUGGAGUAGCGUCAACGGAUAUAUUUUAAAUCGCGUUGGGUAAACAAACCGAAAAAGUCAGAAAAACAAAACCAAAAUAAACAGAACGUGAAAAGUGCAAAUAGAAAACGAAAUCGAAACUCUGUUAGCGAAAUGGAUGCCAAGGAGUUUCGGGAAUUUGGCAAGGCAGCAGUGGAUUUCGUGGCCGAUUAUCUGGAGAAUAUUCGUGAUGAUGAGGUUCUGCCCUCAGUGGAGCCCGGAUAUCUAGUGAAUCUGCUGCCCUCUGAGAUGCCGGAGAAGCCCGAGUCAUGGAAAGAAGUCCUUGGGGAUAUAAAUCGGGUGAUCAAGCCGGGUAUAACCCACUGGCAGUCGCCCAAUAUGCACGCCUAUUAUCCAACUGCAACCUCGUAUCCCUCAAUUGUGGGUGAGAUGUUGGCCAGCGGGUUCGGCAUCAUUGGAUUCAGCUGGAUCUGCAGUCCCGCCUGCACAGAACUGGAAGUGGUGGUCAUGGACUGGCUGGCCAAGUUCCUCAAUCUGCCCGAGCACUUCCAGCAUGCGAGCGAAGGACCAGGAGGAGGAGUCAUCCAGGGAUCGGCCAGCGAGGCUGUUCUGGUGGCUGUCCUAGCUGCCAGGGAACAGGCGGUGGUCAGCUACAAGGAAUCGCAUCCGGAGAUGAGCGAGAGUGAGAUUCGAGGUCGCCUGGUGGCCUACUCCUCGGAUCAGAGCAACAGUUGCAUUGAGAAGUCGGGGGUUUUGGCUGCCAUGCCCAUUCGAUUGCUUCCGGCUGGAGAGGAUUUCGUGCUCCGUGGGGAAACGCUGAAGCAGGCCAUCAUAGAGGAUAAGGCGGCGGGCAGGAUUCCGGUGAUCUGCAUCGCGACUCUGGGCACCACGGGUACUUGUGCCUACGAUGAUAUUGAAACCUUGUCCGCCGUUUGCGAGGAAUUCAAGGUGUGGCUGCAUGUGGAUGCCGCCUAUGCUGGCGGUGCCUUUGCCCUAGAAGAAUGCUCGGAUCUUCGCAAGGGAUUGGAUCGCGUGGAUUCGCUGAACUUCAACCUCCACAAAUUCAUGCUGGUCAACUUCGAUUGCUCGGCCAUGUGGCUAAGGGAUGCCAACAAAGUGGCCGACAGCUUCAAUGUGGAUCGCAUUUAUCUGAAGCACAAGCACGAGGGGCAGUCGCAGAUUCCCGAUUUCCGACACUGGCAAAUUCCACUGGGUCGUCGUUUCCGAGCCCUGAAAGUUUGGAUCACGUUCCGCACUUUGGGUGCCGAGGGUUUGAGGAAUCACAUGCGCAAACACAUCGAUUUGGCCAAACAGUUUGAGCAGCUGGUGAUUGCGGAUUCCCGCUUUGAAAUGGUGGCUCCUCGAGCUCUGGGUUUGGUUUGCUUCCGGCCCAAAGGUGCCAAUGAGAUAACUACGCAGCUUUUGCAGCGCCUCAUGGAUCGCAAGAAAAUCUACAUGGUUAAAGCCGAGCAUGCAGGUCGGCAGUUUUUAAGAUUCGUUGUGUGCGGAAUGGAUUCCAAUGAAUCCGAUAUUGAUUUCGCCUGGUCGGAGAUCGAAUCUCAGCUGACGGAUCUGCAAAAAGAUCAGUCUUUAGUAGCACGCAAACCGGGAAAUAUGGCCGAUCUUACAGAACACUUCCAGAUCCACCUGACCAACGAAAAUUCCACCCAAGAGAAAUCUCAGUGAGAAGGGCGAAACACUCCCAUUUGUUUGCAGUUAAACUAUUUAUGUUUAGGUUGUCCUUAGUUCGCAUUGUCGUAGUUAGUUUACCACAUUUUUAUUAAUAAAAAGAGAAGACAAAUAUGAAA